CGAGGAUUGUUAAAGCUUAAUUUGCGUCCUGAGCCUUUCUCUUCCGGGAUUGCCGUCGUACCCCACAAUGUAUCAAAUUUGUCCAUGGAUCUGCAUAUUCAUUAUUGAAAAUAUCUCUAUUCGACAAGAUAAAUGCAAACAAGCUAUGCUCACAUUGAGAUGACUUUUUUUUUUGCGCACAUUGCUAUUCACUGCAGGAAAUAUUUUAUCAUUCAAAGGCUCAUCGCUCUUACUUGCAAGAAGCGACGACUCAUUUUCGACUUUUUUUUCGUUAUUCUAUCAUGGCCACUGCAACAAUGGAUCAGGGUGAACCGAUGCAGCUCGAUUCUCACCAAUCGCCUCCCAAUGAUGGGUCUCCUCACCCAUCUUCCGAACCCAGCAAACUCGCUGGUAUUAUUUAUCCUCCCCCUGAUAUCAGAAAAACGGUGGACAAAGCGGCGGCAUUCCUUGCUACCAAAGGUCCUCAAUUGGAAGAACGUAUUCGCGAAAAAGAAAAGCAUAAUCUGCUCUUUUGUUUCUUGAAUCCGACCGAUCCUUACCAUGCAUAUUAUCAAUAUAAACUCAACGAAGCAAGAGAAGGAAAACUACCCAAGAAAGAAGUCGUAAAGGAAGAAAAAACCGAGCAACAGCCUGUU